AGCGUCUUCCGCCGAACCGAUCAGCCGUGUUUUGAGCCGGGGCCAGAGCAGUAGCAGCAGCAGCAACAGAAGCAACAAGAGCAUCAGUCCUUCGCGGGCAUCCAACCGUGCAUCACUCAACGGUACACCUCUCUCUCUCUCUACACACUCCGCUUAGUCACCGGCUUAGGAGGCGAUCCGUGAUCGUAGUGCCAGUUAUAAUCGCCGCACAGUGGAGGACAAUAGACGGCACGAGAUUUUGGCGAUCAACGCUCAGCAGCAGCAGCCACGAGCUCAGCCAAGUGCCAACACCUCGACUAAUCGCCCUAAACUAAGGCUCUAUUCACGGUCGAUCGUAUCCUGGCGCAGCGCAGCGCAGGGAGUCUAUUUUGAGGAACGACGACGACGACGAAUCUUGGAUUGUUCUGUUCUGUUUCCGUGGCUCGAUCGUUGAGUUGAGUUGUCAGUGUCAAUGUCGGUGGCGACUCAUCAAGCGAAGAGGACUCUUUCCACCUAGGAACCGACCGAUCGUACCUGUCGUCGAAGCUGUCAUUGUUCCUGGUUCCGUAGGCUGCCCCCCCGUUCGUCACGCUUCGAACGUGAUACAGCUCGUGAGCGCAUUUUUUUUAAAGUUACGAUUGUUUAAAUCAAAUAUUUAUCACCUCAAGACGGCGCACCGCCGGAGUAGCGACGGAGAGACCGAACGAGACCACACGGACAGUGGCGGACAGUGGUGCUACCCCCGCUCGUCGACACGUCCCACGAUCAUCGGACGGAAUGUAAAAAGUGAUCAUACCGGACCGCCACUCGCCGUAACGCUGAAGUGCUUUGAAGUGUAUCGAAUAUUUUAUCAAAGUCAAGUCUUAGGCUGUGUGAGUGUGCUACUGGCUAGUGGGAAAGCGUUUGUUUGUGACAACGCGAGUAGUAGCUUGGGCAGCUCAGGCACACCAGCAACCGAAGGCGCCGUCGACGACACCCAGACGGAUUGGUUUUUUGUGCGUGUGUUUUCGUUAGCGGUAAAAAAGAACUGUUUUUAUCAAAGAACGAUUGUGUCCGUAUAGAGAGGAAGCUUUGAGGCAAUUAGAAUAGAUAGGGGCCACCACCAAAACCAGGAACCGGACGGAAUUGACUUGUUCGAACACAUUCGCACCUUCGUGAUUUCGUGUAAGCUGCACUCCCAACUCCUGCAAGCUCCACAAUGACGGUAGAUAAAGGCCACACCAAUACUGGGUUCGUCGGGGACGAGGGAAUCAAUGGCAAAAAGCUUUCCCAGGCUAAGACCAUCGAUCCCAACAUGUACACGCUGGAGAUCCAGGAGAAGAAGCCCGGCCUCGAGACGGAUUACGAUCCGUAUCAGCAUCGGCACGUGGAGCACCCGACGACGAGCAACGAAACGUUGAUUCACCUGCUGAAGGGUUCCCUCGGUACCGGCAUCCUGGCGAUGCCGAACGCGUUCCACCAUGCCGGCUGGACGGUCGGUGUCAUUGGUACCGUGCUGAUCGGACUGCUCUGUACCUACUGCAUUCAUCUGCUGGUGAAGGUCGAGUACGAGCUGUGCAAGCGGAAGCGCGUCCCAAGCCUCAACUACCCCGCCGUUGCGCAAGCGGCCAUCCUCGAGGGACCUAACGCACUGAAACCCCUUUCCAAGAUCAUCAUUCACAUUGUCAACGUGUUCCUGCUGAUCUACCAGCUCGGCACGUGCUGUGUCUACGUGGUGUUCGUGUCGUCCAACAUCAAGGCGAUCGCCGACUACUACACCGAAACCGAUACCGAUGUGCGGUUGUUCAUGCUCAUCAUUCUGCUGCCACUGAUCCUGAUUAAUUGGGUUAGAAAUCUGAAAUUCUUGGCACCAUUCUCGACGAUCGCCAACUUCAUUACGCUCGUCUCGUUCGGCAUCAUCCUGUACUACAUCUUCCGCGAGCCGAUCUCCUUCGAGGCUCGCGAUAAGGUCGGCACGAUGAGCGGUUUCGCGCUGUUCUUCGGUACGGUACUGUUCGCGCUGGAAGCGAUCGGUGUGAUCCUGCCACUGGAGAACGAGAUGAAGAAACCGAAAAAGUUUGGCGGCAACUUUGGUGUGCUGAACAAGGCCAUGAUCCUGAUCGUCACGCUGUACGUCGGUAUGGGUUUCUUCGGCUAUCUGAACUAUGGUUCCGCCAUCAAGGGCUCGAUAACGCUCAAUCUGCCGGAGGGAGAGAUCUUGGCCCAGUGCGUCAAGGGAAUGCUGGCGUUUGCCAUCUACAUCACGCACGGACUGGCGUGCUAUGUCGCGAUCGACAUUACCUGGAAUGACUAUUUGAGGAAAAGCCUGGGCGAAUCCCCGCGCAGCACCUUCUACGAGUACAUUACGCGCACGGUGCUCGUGCUGAUCACAUUCCUGUUGGCGGUAGCCAUCCCCAAUCUGGAGCUCUUCAUUUCACUGUUCGGUGCACUGUGCCUUUCGGCGCUCGGUAUCGCGUUCCCGGCCCUCAUCCAAACCUGCACCUACUGGCACCAGCGGCAAGGUAUGGCGAAGGUGUGGAUGGUGGCGAAGAACAGCUUCAUCGGGAUCAUCGCCGUGUUUGGGCUGCUGAUCGGUACGUCAACGAGCCUGAUCGAGAUUAUUCACACCUUCGGUCACGACGAUUGAGCUGUUUGGACGAGCUUCCCCUUUUACACCCAUUUUGCAAGUAAACUACGGGUGGGCUGUCGCGUAUGCGUGUGUGUGUGAGCUCUAAACAAACAAGCGCAUCCGCCAUACGCGACGCUAGAGAGGAGCAAUUCGCCAUUCAAACCGAUCGUACCCUCCCACCCGACCUGUUCCAUACAUGUCCAUCCCGAUAGAAAAGUAUUAUUUGGCGCGUCGUCAACGUCAUCGAAGUGCAGCACCUCGAGGUGACAGCAAACUGUGAAAGGGAAAGCGAGCAGAAAAGUUACGUGGAGGUUUGUGGGAGUCUGCUUGCCGAAGCCAUAACCAUUCCUAUGAGCGAAUUGAACAAACCGAAACCCAUGGGUGCACCGGAUGAUGUUGGCGAGUGUUCCCGCCAGGUGUGGCAGGUGGCUCCUGGGACGAUUUGUUUUAAAUAGAUUUUCAGCAGAAUUGAUCAAAGCAUUCAGCAUGUUCCCUAUGAUCGUAACGAUCCUAUAACUGUGAGGCAGGGCGGAAGGAUCCAGCCCACCAACGGACGGACGUAUUUGUAAGACUAGAUUGCUAGAUGAAUGAAAUGAUAAAGCCCCGUCGAUCGUCAUACAUGUGUAUAUAGUUUAAGCAAGAAAGCAAAUAAACCUUUAUUUUAAUUAAAUA